AAGAGAGGCACCGGACUCUACGGCGAUAAGCAAAAAAAAUAUCAACAUGACUAUUCUUUUUAUUAUUCCAUUGGCCUUUUGCUUUGGCACCCUGCUUUGAUCGCGACGACAUAACGGAUCUUGAUCGCUGCGAAAUUUCAUAGAAGUCACCGUUGGGCGUUGACAAACUCUUGACUACAACAGAUCGAACACCAAGCCUCUAACCUUUUUGCUUCACAGAGACCGAUAAUUUAUGCUUUUCUGGCGCCAAAUUGAACAAGGCUUGAUGCUGGAUGAGUUCCAGAGAUGAAAUGGGCCAAUUGAACUAGGUUUGAGGGUAAUUUCGGGAAAAUAAUGGCUUUGUUUGUUGGGAAUUCGAGGAACUUUGAUUUUUUUCCAGAGAAUUUUCAGCUGAGUUUGGGAUGAGUUCUGCUGUGGGUAGCGGAUUGUAAAGUUGGUUUAUUUGUAUAAGGAAGAUCUUCACAAGAUCAAAAGAAAUGGCGACUCCGGUUGAGCCUCCAAAUGGAGUUAGAAUUCAGGGGAAGCAUUACUAUUCUAUGUGGCAAACUUUGUUUGAGAUUGACACAAAAUAUGUGCCCAUCAAGCCAAUUGGCCGAGGAGCUUAUGGAAUUGUGUGCUCCUCGGUGAAUAGGGAAACCAACGAGAAAGUUGCAAUCAAGAAAAUACACAAUGCUUUUGAUAAUCGUGUUGAUGCGCUGAGAACUUUACGUGAACUGAAGCUUCUUCGGCAUCUUCGGCAUGAAAACGUCAUUCAGUUGAAGGAUGUAAUGAUGCCUAUUCAUAGGAGAAGUUUCAAGGAUGUGUAUCUGGUCUAUGAACUCAUGGAUACAGAUCUGCAUCAAAUUAUUAAGUCUUCUCAAGCACUCACUAAUGAUCACUGCCAAUACUUCCUAUUCCAGUUGCUCCGAGGGCUGAAGUAUCUUCACUCAGCAAGCAUUCUCCACCGUGACUUGAAGCCUGGGAAUCUACUUAUAAAUGCGAACUGUGAUCUAAAAAUUUGUGAUUUUGGGCUUGCACGUGCUAGCAAUGGCAAGGGCCAGUUCAUGACCGAGUAUGUUGUUACUCGCUGGUAUCGAGCUCCAGAACUACUCCUAUGCUGUGAUAACUAUGGGACAUCUAUUGAUGUCUGGUCUGUUGGAUGCAUCUUUGCAGAGCUUCUUGGCCGGAAACCUAUCUUCCCGGGCACAGAGUGUCUCAACCAGCUUAAACUUAUCAUCAACAUCCUUGGCAGCCAGGGGGAGGUGGAUGUCGAAUUUAUUGAUAACCCUAAGGCUAAGAGAUACAUCAAGUCACUUCCAUAUUCCCCUGGUACUCCAUUUUCUCGCCUUUAUCCUAAUGCCCAUCAUUUGGCAAUUGACUUGCUUGGGAAAAUGCUUGUUUUUGACCCAUCAAAGAGAAUAACUGUUACUGAAGCACUCCAACACCCUUACAUGUCCCCACUUUAUGAUCCCAACAGCAAUCCUCCAGCCCAGGUCCCCAUUGAUCUUGACAUAGAUGAGGAUUUAGGGGAGGAGAUGAUACGGGAGACGAUGUGGAGGGAGAUCCUCCAUUACCAUCCUGAAGCUGGUACAGCCAAUGGGCAGAUGUGUGCCUGAUCUUGUUACAUUAGUUUAAGCUAAGGAAGUUUUUGUUGUUGGUAAUAUUUUAGUUCUUUUUUAUCCAUGUUCGGCAUUGUCCCUUUUGUUCCUAAUAAUCUUAACGAAGCAUGCACCAGUCAGAUGUGCCAUUGGCGCAUGAUUUGACUAACUUUUGUUUUAAGGGCUUGUUGAUGAGCUUGAGCUCUGAACUUAUGUUGCCCUUUCAGUUUGUACAUAGUUGUGCCUAAAGUGCCUUUGUGAGAGUAUGAGAAAACUUUUGUUGUAUGUUAGAAUAUAUAAAUCAAUGUAUUGUAGUACUUUCAUGGUAA